AUGGCUAAUGGUUCUCGGCUCAUGCAAAGUGGUAUGGAGUCAAAUCGGAACAAUUUUCCAGCCAAGUCGCCGCAGUUCUUCAGGAUUAUUUUCUCCCAGUCUUCUCGAAAUCACAGGCUGAGGAUCCCAACAGAAUUUAUGAGAAGAUAUGGAAAUAGUGUGCCAAACCAUGUAUUCCUCAAGGUUCCAACUGGUGAGGUAUGGCAGGCAGAAUUGAGAAAAUCUAAUGGCGUCGCUUGGCUAGAGAACGGGUGGAAAGAGUUCAGAGAGUUCUACACAAUAGAGUAUGGUCACUUUCUGGUAUUCAGAUAUGAUGGGAAUUCCCAUUUCCAUGUCCUUAUAUUUGAUCGAAGCACUUCUGAAAUUGAAUAUCCAUUCAGUGCCAAUCACAGUGCAAGAACUGACUUUACUGGGAAAUUCCAUGCCAAAACAGAAUGUGUGGAAGUUGAUGAUUCUGUCGAAAUCCUGGAAGAAUUUCCAGCAUCAAAGACGAGGGAGAAAUCACCAUUGUCAUGUUCUAGGCCCUGUAAAAAAACGAAAACCAAUCGAACUUGUGAAGAACCCAACCUUAAUCAUGGAUUGCAACUGGAAGAAAAUGGGAGGGAUGAUGUUGUUGAAAUCUUGGACGAUUUUUCGCCUAGGCAGAGAACAAGAGAGAAAUUACUGCCACCGCAUUUUUGGUUCCGUAGAAGUAGGAGGCUUAAACAAACUGAUAAAUAUGGAAGUACUUCCAAUACCAAAGCAUUUGUUCAAUCUACAGGUCCUCAAGCCAAUAGGGUGACGCCAGUUAAGUCAGAGAAGGGCCAAUAUUCCCAGUGUUCCAUGCAGGGAGUUGGAGUUGAUGCUGAGAUCGAUAACUCUAUUGAAAUUCUGGAUGAAUUUCCAACAAGAGAUGAUGAUUUCAAUGAUUCUUUUGAAAUCAAGGAAAAACUUGCCACAUGCCGGUCAAGGGAGAAAUCACCAGUAUCAUAUUGUCUACCCCAUAAGAAAACGAAAACCAACCGAACCUGUGAAGAACCCAUUCUUAAUAGGGGAUGCCGGGUUCCCAAACUUGAAAAAAGUGCUAUAGAUCCACCUAGAACAAGGGAGAAAUCAUCACCACAGUUUCGGCUCAGUGAAACAAGGAAGCCUAAACCAGCUGAUAAAUCUUCCAAUCACAGAGAAUUUGUCCAACCUACAGGUCCUCAAGGUCAUAGGAUGAAGCCAGUUAAGGAAGAGAAACGCAAUUUCCCAUACCGUUCCAUGCAGGGAGUUGGAGCUAAUGAAAAACAGAGAGAUGGACCUAAGAUACAUCAGCGCUCUACAUUUCCAGCUGGGAGGAAGCAAUUGGCAAGUGAAAAUGGAAAAGCUAAAGCUCUUGAAUCAGCUAAAGCUUUCAAAUCUAAAAACCCUUUCUUUAUUGUUACUAUGCGAUCCUCUUACAUUUCCAGUGGUCUUCUGAAUAUACCACGGAAUUUUGUCAUGCAAUAUUUGAGUAAGAAGCAUAAAGAUGUUAUCCUUCAAGUACAGGAUGGGAGGAUUUGGUCUGCUAAGUUCCAUAUCCAUCCAGGUAAUGUGAAAAUCCAGACUGGUUGGAACACAUUUGUACAAGACAUUUUUCUGGCUGUCGGUGAUGUUUGUGUCUUCGAGCUGAUUAAUGGCACCAUAAAUUUGCUAGAAGUUGUAAUUUUUCGAGCAUCUGAAGAUACAGAUAGCUGCCAUUAA